UCAGGUGGCUGUCAUUUCCCCGAGAAGACGAACCGGGCACAGUGGCUGUGGCAUGGAGGGUUGCAGGGCCGCGUGGUGCGGGACGGACCCCAGAGUGCCUGCGGAGAACAGCCCCGGGCCGAGCCCUGGCGCGGCGCAGGAUGGAGGACUCCGGGUGAUAGAUCGCUCCGGAUAAAACGGCGGGAGGCUGUCCUGGGAUCACCCUCGGGUGCAGGGUCCGUGGAUGCCCGCAGAUGAGACCGCGUGGAAUUUUGAAAGGAAAUUUCAGUCCGAGCAGGCAGCUGGCUCUGUUUCCAAAAGCACACAGUUUGAGUAUGCCUGGUGCCUGGUGCGAAGCAAGUACAAUGACGACAUCCGUAAAGGCAUCUUGCUCCUGGAGGAGCUGUUGCCCAAAGGGAGCAAAGAGGAACAGCGGGAUUAUGUCUUCUACCUGGCAGUGGGCAACUACCGUCUCAAGGAAUAUGAAAAGGCUCUAAAGUAUGUGCGCGGACUGCUGCAGACUGAGCCCCAGAACAACCAGGCCAAGGAGCUGGAGCGCCUCAUUGACAAGGCCAUGAAGAAAGAUGGACUAGUCGGCAUGGCCAUUGUUGGUGGCAUGGCCCUGGGUGUGGCGGGACUGGCUGGACUCAUUGGACUAGCUGUCUCCAAGUCCAAAUCCUGAAGACAGCCUCACCCGCUCUCUGCCCUGGCGCACUUGGGAGCCUGGGGACACUGGAAGAGGGUCCUGUCCAUCCUCACCGUGGCCUUCCCUUGUCUUCCCCAACCCUCUUCCACCUCCACAGUCUCCUCCGUGACCUUCAACCUCCCAUCCCCGACACCUGUUGUUAGCCCUAAGUCAUGCUUUGCGAUGAGUGUAAAUAAAAUUGGGCUGUGGCUUGGGAA